UGCGCGUGUGUCGUCACUGCUUGGCAACUGCCUGGAAGGAAAAAGAUUUGUUCCUUCAGCGCGUCUUUGUCUUUUUAAAUCACUUUUAAAGCACCAAUUUUUUUUUCUUAAGGGCGUUUUUGGUUGAAUUCGAGUAAAGCGACUUGUGAGAGGGAAGCCAACGAGGUGAAGGCGGUGUGGGAGAGGUGGAAAAUGGGCAAAAAAGACAAGACAAAUCCAGAGUCUCCGUACGGGGAACCGGCCCAGUAUGACCCCACCUUCAAUGGACCCAUAAAGAAAAGAGGAUGCACUGAUAUCAUCUGCUGCAUACUGUUCACAGCCGUCAUCGCUGGCUACCUUGCAGUCGGAAUUUUAGCUUGGAUUUAUGGGGAUCCCCGGCAUGUUCUUUAUCCGAGGAAUUCAACUGGAUGGUUUUGUGGCACUGGACCAAAUAAAGACCGACCAACGCUGCUGUACAUUGACAUUGUCAAAUGUUCGACAUCUGUCAAUGUGAUGGCGACGGCUCUCAAUGGCUUCCAGUGUCCAACCACGCAGAUAUGCGUGGAGACGUGCCCGACUAAUUUCUCCGCUGUGGGGCUGCCUGCAUACAUCCCGGAUGUAAAACCUGCAGAUGUUUUCAGCCAAAGUCUGUGUGCACCAUCCAUAAACCUGUCAAGUACUGAGAUGUCUGUUAAAGAAAUAGUGGAGAAGGAGCUGUGUCCUUUCUAUACCAUUCCCACAACGGCUGUACUCGGAAGAUGUCUGCCUGAUAUCAGAGCGCUCGGGCAGAUUCCCCCAGAGUUUUCCAACAUUCCGGGCUUGCCGACAUCUGUCAGCGACACGGCCAACCUCAUCAAGAACGGCACUGGGGACAUAUUGAACGGCUUCAAUGCCAGGGACAUUGGCGUUCGAAUCUUUGAGGAUUUUGCAUCAUCGUGGCCCUGGAUUCUUGCUGGUCUGGUAAUAGCGAUGCUGCUCAGCUUGUUGUUCCUGUUGCUGCUGAGAUUCAUUGCUAGCAUCAUGGUGUGGGUCCUUAUUGCAGCGGUCCUUGCCACCGGGGCAUACGGGAUUUGGCACUGCUACUGGGAGUACGAUAACUACAAGAACCAAUCUGCUUCCAUUACGGACAUCGGGUUCACCACUAACUUCGACGUUUAUCUGCAAGUGCAGGAGACCUGGUUAGCCUUCUUAAUCAUCCUUUGUGUGGUCGAGGCUAUCCUGAUCUUAGUCCUCAUCUUUUUGCGGACCAGAAUCCUCAUCGCCAUUGCGCUCAUAAGAGAAGCCAGCAAGGCCAUCGCCGUCAUGAUGUCCACUCUGCUUUACCCUCUGGUCACCUUCGUUCUCCUGGUGGUUUGUGUGGCUUACUGGGGUGCCGUGGCUUUAUAUUUGGCCACCUCCGGAGGCCCCAUCUACAAAGUGGUUGCUCUCAAUUCCAGCACGAGUGACUGUCAGGGCAUCAACGGCACCGUGGAUUGUGAUCCUCAGACCUUCAACGCAUCAACCUACUCAUCUUGCCCGUCCGCUGCAUGCAUUUUUGUUAAAUACAACGACGAGGGCAUCUUCCAGAGGAACCUCUUCAACCUUCAAAUCUACAACGUGGUGGCCUUUCUCUGGUGCGUCAACUUUGUCAUCGCUUUGGGACAGUGUACCCUUGCCGGUUCAUUUGCGUCCUACUACUGGGCCUUCACCAAACCCGAUGACAUCCCCACAUUCCCCCUCUUUGCUGCCUUUGUGCGCACACUAAGGUACCAUGUAGGCUCACUGGCAUUUGGUGCUUUGAUCCUGACACUAGUGCAGGUAGUGAGAGUCAUCCUGGAGUACAUUGACCACAAAACCAGAAUGGCUCAGAACCCAGUAGCACGUUUCAUCCUGUGCUGCAUGAAGUGCUGCUUCUGGUGCCUGGAGAAGUUCAUCAAGUUCCUCAACAGAAAUGCAUACAUUAUGAUUGCCAUUUACGGGAAGAACUUCUGUACCUCAGCCAGAAAUGCAUUUUUUCUGCUCAUGAGGAACAUCAUAAGGACCGUGGUGCUUGAUAAAGUGACUGACUUGCUGAUUUUCUUUGGGAAGCUCCUUGUGGUGGGCGGGGUUGGUGUAUUGUCCUUCUUUUUCUUCUCCGGUCGAAUACUUCUACCAGGCACCACUUUCCGCACAGAGACCCUCAACUACUACUGGAUGCCAAUAAUUACCGUGGUGGUUGGUAGCUACCUCAUAGCUCAUGGUUUCUUCAGCGUGUACAACAUGUGCGUGGAUACGCUGUUUCUCUGCUUUUUGGAGGACUUGGAGCGAAACGACGGUUCCCAGCAGAAACCGUACUUCAUGCCCAAAAACCUCAUGAAGAUCCUCAACAAAUCCAACAAGACACCCAAACAGAAAAAAAAGUGAACUAGUUGACACAGCAACUCCACACUGUUUGCACGUUUACCCAAAAACUAUUUGCUGAUUUUGCACUUUUUCAACAUCUUACCAUGUUAAUAACGACUUGUAAAAGAACUGAGCCUUAGAAUGGAACAUGGAAAAAUCUUGAGUUGCUCCAAAAUAAUAUUCUGUUCAUGUCAUUUUGUGUUAAUAGUUUUCUCUGCUGUGCACAUUAUUCCUGUUUAUGUUUAAUAUAUUGCAAAUAUUUUAUAGAUGGAUUUUUUUGUAUAUUGUUGCAAAACAAUGUUGUUUACCAUCUUAAAAUUGUUGAUUUGUAAUUAAAAAAAAUGUUGACAGAAAAGUUUAAGACACUCAGAAACUUGAAAGUGCUUGAGUUUACAUGAAGUCUCGUAAUAGUGACGUUGAAUUGUUUUUAUUGUUUCAACAUACUAACAAAAAAUACAUUUAAUAG